AUGUCGCAAAGCGCUCCGAGAAGACACCCUCCCAGCGGAAACGUGGAGGUCAGCAGCAUGUCUGCAAAGUUUGUUGACACCGAGUGGGAGGCGCGGGAGUCCCAACGGCAGCGUGAACUGGAAGAAGCUCGCGCACGAGCUGCGCAGAUGGAGAAAACGAUGAAAUGGUGGUCCGACUGUACGGCGAAUUGGCGCGAAAAAUGGAGCAAGGUACGAACAGAGCGAAACAAAGCCCGAGAUGAGGCGAAACAGCUCCGCAGUAACCUCGAGGCGGCCAUCAAAGAAUCAAACUCCUAUAAACGCGAAAAGUGCGAACUUGAAAUUCAGAUCUCACAACUCAAAAAAGAGAUGGAGAAGGUGCACACGCUCAUGAUGAAGCACGCCGGGCGGUUCAACAAAGCGAGCCUGGAUGCGGCCGACGAACCGGAACGAGACGGCCGGGCGGAUAACAACUGUUCGCCAGACAUCUCCUCCGACGGACUGAAGAAUGUGAACAGCGAAGACGGUCUGGUGACGAAGCUUCCGAAUCUGCCGGAUGAUGGAGCGGCAGUAGCCGGCGGUGGCCUGUUGGCCGCCAACGCAACCGCUGAUCUCGAUAUCGAGGAGUACAUCCUACAGGGCGGUGCCAUGCCGAAACAUUCCGUAGAGUUUAAGGACAAAAACGAACAGAUGGCCGAAGAGCGGCGACUCAUACAGCAGCUCUCGAAGGACGAUUACGACGAGGAUUAUUUGCUGCAGAAGAUUUCGAUGCUGCAACUACGGCUGGACGAUGCACAGAAGACGAUACAGCUAGAGCGCGAAGAAAAAAGCGCCGUCCAUCGUAACCUAGAGAAGACCCGCCAGGACAUGCAGGAACUGCGUGACAAGUGCGAAGAGCUGCGGGCAGCUAAACAGGAUGCCGUGCGGGAGUUGCUGACCCUGCAAGAGCAGCACCGUGUGGAGAUGCGCAUUACGCACAACUCCUUGCAGGAAGAAAGUGCCGCCCGGGAAACACUCGAGCGGCGAUUGUGUGAACUGCGCACCGAACUCGAACGACUGCAGGCGGAAAAUGCCGCCGAGUGGGGCAAGCGGGAACGGCUCGAGACGGAGAAGCUAAACAUGGAGAGGGAAAACAAGAAACUGCGCGCCGAGUGCCAGGAUUUACAGGAACGGCUUGAGCGUAAGGGACGCCCGCUGGUUAACAGCGACGUCGAGCUACGCUCUCUGCAGCAAGAACUGAUGGAUAAGAAUAAGGAACUGAGCGACAUUCGCCACUCGCAUAGCAAAAUGAAAAAGAUGCUCUCCGAAGCCAACACAGAGCUGGGUCACGCGGUGCGCCGUGCGGAACAGUACGAGACGGAAGUGAAGCGAUUGCGUUCGCGUGUAGAAGAACUAAAGCACGAGCUGGCCUCUGCCGAGGAUGAGCUUGAUGCGGCCUGUAACCACGUGCGCCGGUUGCAGCGCACGAACGAAGAACUGAGCGGGCAGACCGAAGGUUUGCACGUGCAGAUUCAGCACCUACAAACGAGCGGAAGUCCUAAGCAGCAGCAGCACCAGCAGCAACAUGAUGCAAGCAACUAUAAGGCCACGAAUCGGUCUAACUAUACGGCCAACGUGGGUUACAAACCGAACAUCAACGAUCUCAAGCAGCUGUUCGAUAAUUCCGCAUCGCGCCAUUUCUCCGAUCGUCCACAUGGUGGCGUCAGCGGAUUGCCACCCCGUACCGGUCUGCCGGUGCGUGAACAACCGUUGUCCCUGUCAUCCGGAGCAGCUCCACAACCCCCAUCAUACAUUCCGCUCUCGUCCGGUUCGUAUUACGAUGCCAAACCGAGCUACAUUGAUCCUGACGUUCCUUCGCCACCAUCGUUGAACAACAACAAGUACGAGUUCGAACGUGCCAAGCAAAAGUUUGACAACAUAACACGGGCCGCUGCAGCAGCUAGUGGACAUAAGGCACGCUCUUCCGGUGGCGGUUUGCCACCGACCAAGCAGCAUAGCUCCGGAAGCUCGGCAAUACCGAAGCGAAACACUACCGCAAGCGCGUCAAUGUCGUCGUACUACGAGCCGAAUGUUUUCCCGGGAAAUAGUGGCACCGGGGCAGCACCGGGAGCCGGAGACAUGCGUAACAGCCGCGGUGGUGAUGAUAUGCCUCCGGCGAAAGCUCAGAACCAAAUAAACGAAACGAUUCAGCUUUUCGAUGCUAGUCCAGGAUCGUACGAUCAGUCACCGGCCGGUAUGGCACCGGUUGGGCCACCCCCGAGGAGUAUGGGGGCACACAAACCGAUCAACAUUAGCAAGAUGAACGAUGUCAAUCUGGACGGGUUGAAGGUAUCGGAGGAUGACGAAACUCCGUAGCUCACAUGGAUCCAGCAGUCUGCUUUCGGCCAACGACGAUAAUAGCGAUAAUGAAUGAACAAGAAUAUCCCCGCGCUGUGGACUCAACGACAUUCUCAGGCACAAUAUACGAGGAAACACAGGCCCUUCCGGCGACAUGGGUGCAUUAAUCAAAGCCCACAGUUCACCGAUAGAAGUUAUCAACGGUGGAUGUGUGUCACAAAUAGUGCUCUCUAGUAUUUAUAACUUGCUAUAAUAACCGUGGUUUAGAAUGUUAGCCCACACACUCCGAGAGUAGAAUUUGAAGGACAUUAGCUGGCCAGCAUAUGGUGUCCUGUUCGUGCAGUUAUAGUACUUACAUCACAGUACAGAAUAUCGUAUCGCAAAAGUAUUAAACAAACGAUAAUUCCUCCAUAGAUCUGGACCUUUAUACUACCCUAAAUCUAAGGCAGCAAUGAGUGAAGUAAUUCUGCUACGCAUCCUUCCAGUAAUGAAAGUGGAUCAGAUCGAAGAAUGGUUAAAUGAAACCGUAUCAAUCGAUUUUCCAGCAUCUGAUCUGUCUGAAGAUUCCCUCCCCGUUAACAAUACAAACGCCUAAGGUAGGGCGUAGCAUACCCGCCCAUGGAUAGUACAAUGAUCGGCAGUUAUUUGCUGAGACAGCCAAGCAAUCCUGUCUCUGGAACCAACUAGUAUUGCGAGUAUUCAUGUGACUCCCCAGAAAAAUAUAUGUUUUUCUUCUACAAGCGUACGGGUUUAUGGCAUAUUUUAUACGUUUAAUUCUAUCCCUUUUUGAUCUUAAAAUGUGUUUCUUACGAUACCAAAUAAGCCAAAUUUACUAUACGUUUUAAUCCCAGUUGAGCAAUACCCGAUUCGAUUUAGAUGCAAACACAAAUUCAAUUUGGAUGCAAAAUCUACGCUAAUGUUGUGUAUGCAGGUUGCAGCAUAUCCCCGUAUAUUGUGUUAGGAGGAAAAGGACUUCUCGUAGUGGCAAAUACUCAAGUUAUGGCGUGUUAGAGUUUUAGUUUAUCAAAGUCCUAGGAAUAAACAUAUAUAUAUGUAAUCGA